GCCUAGCGAUGACGUGACCUCGUUGAGGGACAGCGGCGACUAGAUACUAAGAUGGCGGGUGGUGUUGAGCUUGCGAAGUCUGUCAUGUGAGGCCAGGGUCAAAUCUUGAGCUUGAGGCGCGGAGACUGUGAGCUGGGCCUGUUAUCGUUGAUUUUCAUGGUUAGCGCUUUAAGAUGCCAACCACAGAUGGGGAUCUGCACUCAGAUCCUGUCUCUGAGCUUCAUUAUCUAAGGCAGAAGGUCAGAAAUCUGCAAGAAGAAUUAACAUCUUGUAAAAGUCAGAUUCACGCUUUACAGAAAGAACUAAAUCAUGCAGAGAUCCUUCACAAAAGCACAGAGAGUUACAAUGAAGACCUACGCAAGCAGGUUAAAGAUCUCACUGAAAAAAUCCAUGGAAGUGAAAAGGAAGAAAAUGACACAGUUGAUAAAGGAGUUCAGACAUACCUUUGCACUCCCCAUCAUUAUAAAGGUUAUUGUAGCAAUGAAGCUCAGGGUUGUCACUACCAGUUGAACAGCGAUCAGAAUGGCAGGAGCGAUGUGUCAGGGCUUGAAAUUCAUGGAGCCUGUGGAAAAAACCAGGAUGUAAUUCAGGCCUCUACUCUGUUUCAAACACAGGCACAGACAGCCAACUACACAGAACAGGCUCAAACAGACGACCAUCAGUACAUGGAACAGGCUCAAACAGAUGGCCAUCAGUACACAGAACAGGCUCAAACAGACGGCCAUCAGUACACAGAACAGGCUCAAACAGAUGGCCAUCAGUACACAGAACAGGCUCAAACAGACGGCCAUCAGUACACAGAACAGGCUCAAACAGAUGGCCAUCAGUACACAGAACAGGCUCAAACAGACGGCCAUCAGUACACAGAACAGGCUCAAACAGACAGCCAUCAGUACACAGAACAGGCUCAAACAGACGGCCAUCAGUACACAGAACAGGCUCAGAUGAACAGCUAUCAAUACAGAGAAGAGGCCCAGACAGAUGGCUAUCAGUACAUAGGGUAUCCUGAGAAACCAAUACUCCCAGAUGGAUCCGGAGACCAUAACACUGAAAAUGCAGAGGACUUGGAGAAUACAUCAUUGGCAGACAGUUUGCGUGCUACUGCAGAAGCUGCUAUGUCACAGACAGGCUUCACCUAUGAUGAAAGCAGUGGGAUGUAUUAUGAUUACAGUACUGGCUUCUACUAUGAUUCGACAAAUCAGCUUUACUAUGACCCAAGCACUGGAAUUUACUAUUAUUAUGAUGCUGAGAGUGGCCUAUAUCAGUUUCAUUCUCGAGUGGAUCUACUAGCAUACUGCCCAACAAAUGCACCGAAAAAGGUUAAGAAAAAACGCAAAGGAGUGGAAAAGCUUGCAUCAAAGGAAGAGAAAAAGGAUUCUGUAGCUGAUAUGCCGAAAGCUUCAAGUAAUUGCAGGUCCUGUGACCCAGAAGGGAGUGAGGUAUUGUCAGAAGGACCAGCAAACAAACGAAAAAAAACAAAAAUGGAGAAUAUUGAUCAGGAUUCAUCCAAUGAACUUAGUCUAAAUGUAGAAUGUAUCCAUGAUGAAGAUGAUGUUGAAGUGAAAUUGGAAGAGAAGGAAGAGGCUGAAUUUGGAAGCGAACUAGAAGAAGGAGAAAUUACAGACUCGGACAAAGAAGAACACUAUACAGAUGAAACGAGUGAAGAAUCAAGCGAAGCUGAAAGCGAUGAAAGUGAGAAAGAAGAAGGUCAGCCGUGGCCUCCGUGUAUUCGUGUGAUAGUGGUACGAUCACCAGUUCUGGAACCUGGUACACUCUUCAUCAUCACUGCAGUGAAGUCAGCGACAAUUGGAAGAGAGAAAGAUAUGGGCCAUGCAAUCAGAAUAGCUGAAAUUGGAGUUAGUAAGUUCCAUGCUGAAGUGUACUUUGACCAAGAUCUACAGGAAUACAUGCUGGUAGACCAGGGGAGCCAGAAUGGGACUGUGGUCAAUGGGAACAGAAUCCUCAUGCCAAAAAAUAAAUGUGAUCCUCAUAGAUUGGAGCACGGUGAUGAAGUGAAAUUUGGGGAGACGGUACUAUCUUUCCAUAUCCAUCCAGGAACUGAUACAUGCAAUGGCUGUGAGCCAGGCCAGGUUAAAGCACACAUGCGCCUCAAUAAAAAAGAAUUCACAGCAGUUCCGGUGCUGAGUAAACAGGACAAAGAUAAGUUACGACGUCAAGAGUUAAAACAGAUUCAGGUCAAGUAUGGAUUGCAGAAUAGCGCGUAUGAAGGAGAAGAAGUAUUAAAAAACUCAGUGUACAAGGAUCGAGCUGCAAAACGCAGACAAGUGGUUGGAAGUGAUGGCAGCUACAGAAGAGAUGAUGCUCCAGCUUCAAUCAAUACGGAAAUCUGUGACAGCAACAAAGGGCGAAAGAUGUUGGAAAAGAUGGGCUGGAAAAAAGGAGAAGGACUUGGCAAAGGGAGUUGUGGAAUUAAAGAGCCAAUUAAAAUUCAACUUAAUCAGUCACAAGCUGGUUUGGGAGCUACUGCACCACUUUCCAUUGAAGAUGUUCAGAUGUGCAGAUCCAAAAAUCAGAAGAAUUGGGCCAAAGCUAGAGAGAGAUUUUCUGAAACUUUUCAGCAAACCACAAGUCAAAAGGCAGCAGAAGCGAAAACAUCAUGGGUCAAAGGUGAAUAUGUAAAGGAGCAGACUGAAGAUUCUGCCACAAGCUGACUUGUAAAUAGAUGUUCUAUCACCUGGUGUUUCUUUUUUAAUGUAUUAAUGAUAUUCUGAAGGAUUAAAAGUCUUUUUAUAUUGUAAAAUAAAAAGCAAAUAUGUAUAUUCA